GUUUGUUUCAUCAACGUGAUCAGUUCAGUUGAUCCCACGAUGGUCAAGUGUGAAAGGGUGGUAAAUAUUUUUUUAAUUCUUGUAGCAUCUGCAUUGGGACAAUUAGAGGAAGGCGACCGAUGCGGCAGAAAUGGAGUUUGCGAAUUUCUAACUGACUGUCCGCAAGCUAUAUCUGACCUUAAAAAGGGUAUACUUCCCACAAAUGUAUGCGGCUAUAAAGGCAUUAAAUCGAUAAUAUGCUGCGAAAAUGACACCCCACGUCCUAUUGUAACUCAAAGAACGCCUACACCGCUUAUUGCAAGACGUACAAACACUCCAACCUCAACACCUUUAUACCAGAGGCCCAAUUUAUGCAACACCAAACCACCAGGUGACUUAGUGAGAAGAAUUGCAGCUCAACAAGUACCAGGUGAUAAAGCUAGAGAAAUGUGCAAACGAUAUUCACAAUAUGCCUAUGAAUCUACACCAUUUGGUUCAACUGAAUUAAAAUGCCCUAUAAAACAAACAUCUUAUAUCUCCAAUAUAACAGUACCAUCAGAAGGAGAGUUUCCGCAUAUGAUAGAGUUGGGGUACAUCACUGGCAAUAGAACAACUUGGAAUUGCGGCGGAAAUCUGAUAAGCCCUAUUUUCAUUGUAACAACAGGUCAUUGCAUAAUUAGUACACCAAGACAGGGUCUAGUAACAUUUGCACGUGGAGGAAUAACCGACAUAAAUAAAAGAAAGCACAUGCAAAUUAGGAAUAUUGCACGAACAUUUUUACAUCCUUCUAUCAACAAGUUUUACAACGACAUCGGUCUCGUGGAAGUCGAUCGGCCUUUCGAUUUGAAUCCUUACCUGCGACCUGCUUGUUUGUACACUCAACAUGACAUACCCCAGAAAACUAUAUUAGCUUCUUCUUGGGAUAUGAUUAAGUUUGAUAACAAUAAAAUGCUGAAAAUUACCUUGGAUAUUUUCUCCACUACUGAGUGUAAUACUUUCUACGAGCCUUUCAUUAACAGAAAGAAUUCUAAUGUGUUUAAGGGAAUCGAUGAUGCAUCAAUGAUUUGUGCAGGGACUAGAACUAUUAGGGACUCAUGUAUUGGUAUUUCUGGUUAUCCACUAAUGCUGUUUCAUCCAGUUACAGAAAGUGUUAAAUGCAUGUACGAUGUUAUUGCUAUAACAGCGUUUGGUGCUUCCUGCAGUGCCAAUACGAUUAUACCUACUGUCUACCAAAGAAUGUCGAACUACAUUGAAUGGAUUGAAAAACUAGUGUGGCCAAUGUAUUAAUCCUAUGAUCUUUAGUUGUACUAGUAUUAGUAUUCAGUAAUAUUUAUAUUCAGUUAAUUUAAGUUGAACUUAAUGGCAUAAUUUUCCA